UCAGUGUGCAGCAAGACCUGGAGACGCCCACCACCCUGCUGGACAUGAAGACCAAGACCCAGAGGCCUGGAUUUGGCUAAGGACAGAAUUCACAAAACCACCACUAGCACCAAAACCAAAGAUUAUCGGUCAUCUGUCUCCAGUAGUUGUCCCCAAAUUUUCUCCUUCGCUGACAAGAUCUGAUGUUCUUCAUAAUCCAAACUCUAUGUCUAGGGGUCCAAAACCACCCAUUGCUCCCAAGCCAAAACUCUCAGCCGACACUGAGGGGACAGCAAGUGUCUACACCAACAAUAACUUAAAUAAGUGCACAAAUGGAAAGCUGAUAUGUUCUGAUGGAGAGUUGUAUGAAGGAAAUCAGCACAAUACUGAGUGCCUGGACUCAGAGGCUGGUGAUGAAUACAUUGUGGUUCUUGAAGAUCAGCUGACAGGGAAAGACUGUGAUGAUCUGGAUCCCGAGCAUGACCAGAGCUUCAAUCCGUCUGCAGAGAAUGAGACAUUAGAAACUCCAGAAAUGGCAGAGGAAGAAGAAGGUAACAGCACUACUAAUGAUGAGGAGAUCUGUGAUCCAGAGAUAACUGAAGCAGAGGGCAACGACUGUUCAGAUAGGGAUGAACCAGUAGAACCAGAGUCAGAUGAAUUAACAGACACUGGAGACUGUAAUGAGUCUGAAGCAAUUUGUCAAAUGUCUUCAGCCACACCUGAUGUUGAAGAGGAUGGUUCUAAGAAUAUGGAGGAAGAAGAAGAAGUAGACAGCAUAAACGAUCCCAAUGAAACCAAAACAUAUUUGGCAGGUGAGGAUGAGGAAGCUUUUAAUAACCGGGAUAUAGUGAAGGACAAUAACGAGUAUAAUCUUGAAAGUGAUAAGAUUUUAAAUAGAGAUGAGGACUUGGAGUGCAGUAUCUGCCAAGAUAUUAUUUUAACACCUGUAGAUGUAGAUGAGUCAAUUCCAAGUUGUGAGCCACUAGGAGAAGAGGAGCAAGAGGAUGAACUGUCCCAAAACUUAGAAGAGGAAGUAUCAAAUCCUGAUACAGAAGUCAGUCCAGCCAACAAUGAUGAGCUGGAUGAUAAUGCAGAAUUGGUCUUGGCUACAGAAGAGGAAUUAGUAGAUGAUGGCUGUGCAAGUCCUGGUACACUUCCUGAUGAGGUUGGUGGAGAAACAGAUGUUGGAUUAGAAAUAACUGAAGAUGAACCUGAUGUGGAAGAGGAUUUGGAAGGAGCCAGCAAAGAAGCUGCAGUGGAAGGAGAGGAAGUAGUUCCAGAUAAUGACAAUGAAACAACUGUGGAAAAGGAAGAAAACGUAAAUGAUGGUUACCAAACUACUGAGAUGAAAAGUGAGGAAGAAACAUCAGAGACAGCAUGUGAAGCAAGCGAAGACUCUGAGAAAGGGGAAGAAGAAAUGCCAAAGGCAGAAAAUGUCGAUGAUAGUUGUCAAAUUAUUCCUUUUGAGAAUGACUGCAAUGAGGAGGCUAUUGAAACUCCCCUAGAAAACUCAGAUGAGAAUCCUGAAAUGGAAGAGACUUUUUUGAAUGAUGGUAACCAAUUCUCCCAUUCUCAAACACUUCCUGAGUCAGGAUAUGAGCCAGAGCUGGAAACAGAGUCUACACCAGAUGCAUUUGUGGAAGAGUGUGGUGACAAUACUAUUGGAGUCUGUGAAUCAGAUGAUCAGCUGCUUGAAGGCAGCAAGGAGAAUCACGACAGCCUUGAAGAAAACGACUCAAAUCUGCAUGAACACGUACCAGCUGAGAAGGACUUAGAUGAAUGUGAUCAAAGCAAAGCUGAAGCAGAUUGUGAGAGUGAGCGUGAGACUGGUGAGAGUUUACCAAUUCCUGAAGUAAUUGUUGUGCCUGAGGAAUCAGAAGAGAGAGAAACAAUUUAUGAUUCUCUAGAUGACCCUUAUGUGUUGCCAGCAGAAACUGAAAACCCACGUGAUGGAGAAGCAGCGUUAGGAGCAGAUAUUCCAUAUGAUCACAGCAAGAGAGAAGAACUAGACCCUGAAAACAGCCUGCUCUCAAUUGAUCNGAAGAAUAUUGUCACUAGAACAAGAUCCCUCUCUGGGAAAAUGCCUGGCUAUGUGCCAGAAACUGUUCCAGAAGAAUCUGGGCUAGAUACUGACUUGCCAUCUUCAAACAAUGACUCGGUGACUAAAGAUUUAAGUAAUAACUUACUAACGGUGGAAGGAAAACAAAUGGAAGCCAACAGGGCACUGCCAGCUAAGUCAAGGCGCUUUAUUUUGUACCCUCGGUCUUACUCAGUAGAAGGUAGAGAUAUGCCAGGGUCUGUUUACAGAGAAAGUGAUGGCUCUACAUUGGAUGAUAGUAGAAUAAAGAGGACAGAAGAUAACCUGUCUUUGCCUUGUGUAAUUAGUUCCUCAGGCAGCUUUUCCCAGAGAAAUCACCUCUUGCCAUCAAGUGGUGUAUCUACCCCAUCCUCAGUUGUUGAUAUACCACCUCCUUUUGAACUAGCUUGUAUCACAAAGAAGCCAAUCACUAAAAGUUCCCCCUCACUAUUAAUAGAAAAUGAAUCUCCUGAUAAGUACUCCAAGAAAAAGAAAUCGUCUUUUAAGAGGUUCCUCACCCUCAAAUUCAAGAAGAAAACAGAAAAUAAGGUCCACGUUGAUGUUAAUGUUUCCUCUUCAAGGUCCUCCUCCGAGUCUAGCUAUCAUGGACCCGCGAGGGUUUUGGAACUGGACAGAAGGAGCCUGAGCAGUUCACCUCAGCUAAAAUCACAUGCUGGAAAGCUGCGGGCUUCUGAAUCUCCUACUACCAUUCUUUUCUACAAGGAUGGUAAAAGGAAAGGGACACCCAAAUCCUUUAGCCGGAGCGUGUCGAGAGUGGAGUCUUUUGAGGAUCGGUCCCGACCACCUUUCAUGCCACUCCCCUUAACUAAGCCUAGGUCUAUUUCAUUUCCCAAUGCUGAUACUUCUGACUAUGAGAACAUCCCAGCUAUGAGCUCAGAUUACGAAAAUAUACAAAUUCCUCCCCGAAGACCCACCCGGGCAGGAACUUUUACUGAAUUUUUCGAAGAUCCCAGCAGGGCGUUAUCUGCUGCUAAUGAAAAUGACGGCUAUGUGGAUAUGAGCAGCUUCACAGGCUUUGAGAACAAGCAGCAAACCACAGACCAGGAAACAGAAAGUGCCUACACCGAACCUUACAAGGUGUGCCCUAUCUCCAUGAUACCUGUGGAGGAUGUCACAUCAGAUGAAGAACAGAAAAGUUCAGAGGAUGAAGAAAGCAGCCAGGGGGAUUCGAGCCUCAUCCAUAAGAAAGGAGGACAGUCCAGAGCUCACCUCAUUGCCCAGGAGCUGAUGUCUUCAGAAAAAAUAUACGUGGAGAUGCUCCGGCUGUUACAUACAGAUUUCUAUGAGGCAGUCUUGAAAGUGCUUGGGGAUGAGGAUGAAAGUGAGGAGAAGGAAGCAAAGCUGAAGCAAGGCUUGAGUGAGCUCCCUGAAAUCUAUACACUGCACCAGGAGAUCCUGGGGGAGCUAGAAGAGAGAGUCCUCAACUGGGAGGAACACCAGAAAGUGGCUGACAUUUUUCUCUCCAGAGAAUCAAGGUUCAAUCACCACACAGCAUACAUCAUGCAGUUUGAUCGGAAUUUGGCUUUGCUGGAUGAAACCUGCCUUAAAUCUUCCCAGCUGGCUACUGUCAUCCAGGAGUUUGAGCAGAAUGCUGGUAGCAGCCCCAUGAGUAUGAAACACCAGCUUUUGAAAGUGGUGCAGCGUGUAUUCCAGUACCGGGUGCUACUCACAGAUUACUUGAAUAACCUUUGUCCUGACUCUGCGGAGUAUGAAAACACACAAGCUGCCUUACUCAUUGUCUCCGAAAUUACAGACCGGGCCAACGACAGGAUGCAGCAAGGG